GCGCCACCCGUCUGCGCCAACGCCAGCGGCACCAAGACCCCCGCCAUCAUCAUCGAAGCCACCCCACCCGCAACCCCAGGCACCACCAUCCACCACCUCGUCAUCAUCAUCGGCGUCUGAGCGGCAACGUCGGCGGCGGGAGCAGCUUGCCGUGCUGGACCGCCCGCCCGUGAUCAGCAACCCGGGCGACCGGCUGCCUGUGCCAAAGUACCGGCCCCACACCCGCUGCCGCUCUAUCUUCGCCGCAUACCGCCGCCUCAACCACGUCGGCACCGGCCAAUACGGGUCUGUCGACAAGUUUAUGGACCGCAGCACGGGUCGCAUUGUCGCCCUCAAGAAAGUCCUCAUGCACAAGGAAACAGAGGGGUUCCCGCUCCUGGCGAUGCGGGAGAUUCGGCUGCUGUCGCAGCUCAACCACGAAAACGUCCUGCGCCUCGAGGAAACCGUCCACAGCGAACCGAUGACGACAUGGUCACGGCGGACAUUGAUCGCUUUUUGUCCCGUGCUCCCUGAGCACAUCACUCAAUGUCACACGCACACACUCAUAUACGUGCGUAUGUGUACGCUUGUGUGUGUGUGUGUGUGUGUGUGUUCAGGGCUGCACUAUUUGGAUGUGAACAAAGUGAUGCACCGCGACCUCAAGGUUGCAAACGUUCUUCUCAACCGCAAGGGCAUCCUCAAGAUUGCCGACUUUGGCUUGUCUCGGUAUAUGGACAAGAACAACAGAUACACGCUGCCAGUGUGCACGCGGUGGUACCGGCCGCCGGAGGUGCUGCUUGGCGACAAGCGCUACUCGCAGGCGAUUGACAUCUGGAGUGGCGCGUGCAUCAUUGCCGAGCUCUUCACGGGGCGCCCCACCUUCCAGGGCGGCGUUGUUGAUGCGCGCACGGAGCAGGACAACGAGAUUGACCAGUUUCUCCUCAUCUGCGAGACGUGCGGCACCCCGAGGGAGGAGUCGUGGCCCGAGUACACCAAGCUGCCACACGCAUCGUUUAUCGUCCCCAAGAAGCGCUACCCGCGCAGGCUCAAGGAGAGACUCGGCUCACAGUUCCUGCAGAAGUGUGCCUCGGGGCUUGCGCUGCUGGAUGAUUUGCUGGUGAUGAAUCCCAGCAAGCGCCCGACAGCUGGCACCGCCCUCGACCACCACUUCUUCUGGGAGGACCCCAUGCCCUGCCUCCCUUCACAGAUCCGCGACCUUGGCCCCGAGUGCCACGAGGACGCCAAGGCCAUGCUUGAGCGCCGCAAGCCGCCGCCGCGUCGCCGCCCGCGUGAUACCUCUGCACCAGGUGCUCCCCCACCACCGCCACCGCAGCAGCAGAAUGGCCGACCAUCAGCACCACCAGCACCAGCUGCAGCAGCAUCGGGCCAGCGUGGGCAGCCGUUGAUGUCACGUCGCCCGAGUGGCCACCACGCACCCCGGCCACCAAGCGGCCACACACGUGCGCAUGUACAGCCACGGCAGCAGCAGCAGCACCCGCAGCAGCACCAACGCGGCAGCAGUGGUGGCCGGCACCAACGCCACCACCCUCGCCCUCAUCAGCAGCAGCAGCAGUCGCAGCAGGCGCAUCGCGGCGGCGGGCGGCAUGCACAUGGGCACGGCCACCCUGCUGGUGCUGCUCACCAUGGCAGCAAGGGCAGCAAGCACUUGCCACAGCACUACAGGCACGGCCCGCCACACGGCAACCCGCAACACCCGCAUGGCCGCCAGCCCCACCCAGCGAAACGCCCAAAGAUGCAGCAGCCACCGCAGCAGCAUCAACAACACCGCCGCCCGCCACCACCACAACCGCCUCAUGGCGGUCACUAGCUUGCUCGCCACCCGUUACGAGCCUGCUAUCUGGCAGGGCAGCCCAUAAUCGCACCCCACCACACACAUAUUCAAAAGCACACACAAAACACGCACACAACACACCCCGACGCAUACCACACAGCACAUACACAGCAUACAGUGAGUGCACACGCAUGCGUGCAUUCAACCAGACAAAACAGAGAAAGAAAGAGAGAGAGCACAACAGAGGCUUGCUUAACGUUGACGUUUGCAUCGUUUGCUUGCUUGCUUGCCCUUUUCUUGUUCUUCUUCUUGCCCUUUUGAUUGUGGAAAAUUUAGUGGUGUUUUACAUAAUUAUACACGACCCGCUCCAAACCAACAGCAAC